UGAAUUCUUUAGUUAUUCAAUCAGUUGAGUUGAAAAUAUGAAACGUGUGUGUAUAGUUGGUGCCGGUACCGCUGGUCUUUGCUCAGCCCGUCGGGUUUUAGAGAAUAAAAUGUCCGCAACGAUUUAUGAACAAACUGAUAAAAUUGGCGGCACUUGGGUUUAUACCGAUCGAAUUGGUACCGACGAUUACGGUUUGGAUAUCCAUAGUAGCAUGUAUCAAGGACUUCGAACGAAUUUACCUAAAGAAGUCAUGGGCUAUCCGGAUUAUCAAAUUCAAGCUUCUGAUAUUUCUUAUGUACCGUCCGAAAUUGUCAGAAAUUUUUUGGAGCAAUUUACGAAUAAAUAUCAAUUAAGAGAUUGUAUAAAAUUUCUGCAUUACGUCGUCAAUAUAAUCCCGAAAAGAGAUAAAUGGCAGGUGAUUGUCAAUGACUUGAAAAAGCAGAGUAUAAAAUUCGAACUGUACGACUAUGUAAUGGUUUGUAAUGGACAUUAUCACACGCCAUUAUAUCCGUCUAUCGAAGGAGCCAACAUUUAUAAAGGUUAUCAACUGCACAGUCAUGAUUAUAAAAAUCCGAGUCGCCUUAAAGACGAAACGGUUCUAAUCAUUGGUGCCGGUCCAAGUGGCAUGGAUUUAUGUCAUGAAAUUUCCAAAGUAGCUAAGAAAGUUACUCUAAGUCAUCAUCUGCCAGAAUCUUUGAAAACUUCAUUUCGUUCCAAUGUCGAUCAAAAGCCAGACGUGAAAUAUAUGGACGAGCGAAGAGUGCAUUUUAUCGAUGGAACAAUGGAUGAAUAUUCGAUAAUAUUCUACUGCACUGGUUACAAAUAUGCCUUUCCCUUCUUAUCAACCGAUUGUGGAAUUCAUGUCGAUGAUAAUUAUGUCCAGCCUUUAUAUAAGCAUUGCAUCAAUAUUAAUUAUCCGUCCAUGGCUUUCAUCGGUAUACCGUAUUAUGUUUGUGCGGCACAAAUGUGCGAUUUACAAGCAAGAUUUUGUAUGAAAUUUUGGACCCAACAAAAGACAUUGCCGAGCCAAUAUGAAAUGUUAACCGAUACAAAGCAACAAAUGGAUGCACGCUUUGCCAAAGGCUACAAAAAACGUCAAGCUCAUAUGAUGGGCGAAGAACAGGGUUUUUAUUAUACCGAUCUUGCGACAACCGCUGAUAUUGAAGACAUCAAACCAGUUAUGACCUUGUUGCAUAACGAAAGCAGCCGUCGCUUUAUGGACGAUUUAUUACAUUUCCGUGACGACAUUUUUCGCAUAGUUGAUGAUAACCAUUUCAUUAAAAUCAAUUAGUAAUUGAUUUAAAGAAUCCCACCAUACAAACAAGCUUUAAAAUAUAAGACUCAAUAUCAUCUUCAUAUUGAUUACGAAUGUUGUGAAUAUAGUUUCAUUUGC